AUGCGACGUAGCCUGGCGCACCGUGGCCGUGGGCCGCGAUUUCCAUCGGAAUCCGACACAGACUUCAGCGACGAGGAGGGAGACGAAGACCGCGACGACGACGGAUCCGUUGCGAUGAGGGGAAAGAUGAAAUGCCUUUCGUGCAAGGAGGAGUACAGGGCACGUGAUGCCGGCACGUGCAGGGAGUGCUACGAGGAGGCCGGCGAGACGGAGGAGGAGCUCAAGCGCGAGAUCGAGGAUCUCAAGGCCAAGGUCAAUUUCCUCCGGGUAUUCUCCGCUGGAUCUGGUGGGCCCAUCUCCGUUUCCAGGUCUAAUACGUUGGCCUUCUCCGAUGUUGUAUUGAUCGCCUCUGGUUCGACUGAUUCUGCCGAUUCUCAGUCCAGUUUUCCCUCCGUCCCUGCCCAUCGGGCUGUCCUGACAAGUCGUUCUCCAGUGUUUCGGGCCAUGCUCGAAAAUGAAAUGGAGGAAAGCAUUAGCGGGACCAUCAAAGUCAGCGAUGCAUCGUAUGAUGCUCUACGAGCAUUUGUCAGCUAUCUGUACACGGCCGAAGCAUGCCUUGAUGAGCACAUGGCAUGUGACCUCUUGGUGCUUGCUGAAAAAUAUCAAGUUACACAUCUCAAGGCCCACUGCGAGAAGUUCCUCAUGUCCAAACUGAACUGGGAAAACUCACUCCCGUAUUAUGCUUUUGCUCACCAGCACAUUGCAAAAUGCUUGCUCGAUGCAUCAUUGUCGUUGAUCAUGGACAACAUGGACAAGCUUAGUAAGCGAGAAGAGUACAUGGAACUUGUGGAGAAGGAUCCAAGGGUGGUGGUAGAAAUCUAUGAAGCUUAUCUUUCCAAACAGGUGAACACUGCUGCAAGUAAAGAUCCAAACACAAAAUCAUAG